CCUUCCUUCACAAUUCUCUUCAAACCCAAAAGAAUACCUCAAAUUUCAGAGAAAGAAAAAAUCCUCUAAGAAAAAUUAAUCGUGUCCUCUUUCUUACGUAUUGAAUUUUCAACUCUCUAGCUAGGGUUUCCGAUCAAAGAAAUUCCCCUCUUGUUAUUCAAAGAAGAUUUUAAGAGAAAAAGCGUGAAUGUUGUAAUGGAAACGAAAGGUGGGAAAAAGAAGUCUAGCAGUAGUAGUACUAGUAAGAACAACGCUCAACAAUACGAAGCUCCUCUCGGUUACAGCAUUGAAGAUAUUCGUCCAAACGGUGGAAUUGAAAAGUUCAGAUCUGCUGCAUACUCAAACUGCUUGAGGAAGCCAUCCUGAGACGCAUUCAGAAAGCCGUAGAUUAGGGUUUUAAUUUCAGCAUUAAUUAAUCCACCGAUCGCCACCGCACCAUUUUCGAUUUCCCAACCGUUGUUUGUUUCAAAGCUUUGAAUACAGAUAGUAUAACCAUGUCUUCUUCUUCUUCUUCUUCUUCGUCCCCAAUUGGGUUCGAGGGUUUUGAAAAGCGUCUGGAGAUUACUUUUUCUCAGCCACCUUUCUUAAUGGACCCACAAGGAUUGGGCCUCCGGGCUCUGACUCGGGCCCAAAUAGACUCCAUUCUCGAGCCCGCUUGCUGUACUAUUGUGGCCCACCUCUCCAACUCGGAGCUCGACUCGUACGUACUCUCCGAGUCGAGUCUCUUCAUCUACUCAUACAAGAUCAUAAUCAAAACAUGUGGGACUACAAAGCUCCUCUCCUCUAUUCCGCCGAUUCUCCGACUAGCUGACAAGCUUUCACUCGCUGUCUCCGCCGUCAGAUACUCUCGCGGAACCUUCAUCUUUCCGGAAGCUCAGCCAGCUCCUCACCGGAACUUUAUCGAAGAAGUUGCUGCUCUGAACACUUACUUCGCCGACUUGAACCCCAAAGCUUACGUCAUGGGAGACUCCGAAUGUCCUAACAGGAACUGGCAUGUUUACUCGGCGGCGAAAUCUCCGGUCACGGUGGACGGAAAAGACGAGAUCAACAUUGAGAUUUGCAUGACUGGAUUGAGCAGAGAUAAAGCGGCCGUGUUUUACAAAAACUCAGGAGACGACGUCGUUUCAGCUAAAGAAAUGACUAAAUUAUCAGGCAUAAACGACAUCAUUCCCGGUCACGUGAUCUGCGACUUUGACUUUGACCCUUGUGGAUAUUCAAUGAACGGUAUUGAAGGUGCAGCGUACUCUACAGUGCACGUGACCCCAGAGGAUGGGUUUAGCUACGCUAGCUACGAGGCUGGAGGACUCGAUCCCAAGGCCAUGGAACCUUUUCAAAAGUUGGUAGGGAAGGUGCUGACGUGUUUUGGGCCCACUCAAUUCUCCGUUGCUGUCACGUGCGGGUCGCGUGAUGCGCUGAGGUGGGCCACGAGGUGUGCUGAGUUGGAAGGGUACACGUGUGUGGAUUUGGUGAAGCAGGAUCUGUCAGGUGGUGGGUGCGUACUGUACCGUACUUAUUCUGCUAAUGUGAAGGAGAGCGUAGUGCGCACCCCAAACGCCAUGAGGUGGUGUUGGAAGGAAGUAAAGGCGGCUGAGGAAGUGGUUAUGGUUGCUUGGCCUUGCUUGUGAGCCUUUUAUUGUCGUUUUAUCAAGUGGAACGGUUGUAAUGUUGUCGUUUUGUUAUUCUGUGUUUACUCUUAAAGCUCUACUGGACUAGCGAUAUGCUAUUUCUAUGUUUUUUAUUUCAAAGUAUUUUAAUGUUAUUUUGGAGAUUUAUGAACUUGAUUUUGUGUUUUUGUUUGUUAAUGAUGAUUUUGGUUUGAUUAAGAGUUCAUUGUUAUUGUUAUGGAAUGUAUUAAUGAUAAUGGGGAUUUAUGUAUGAUUA